CUUUAUUUACCUUAAAAAUCUUUUUUUCCUUUUCUCGCUCUCCCCUCUAUAAUUCUCACCUCGUCUCUCAUUUUCCAAUGUCUCCUCCUCCCCUUCCUUUCCUGAGAAAAUCCUAACCAAACAAGCAGGUUUAGCCAUGAAAGGUGGGAGAUCCAAGGCUGAAACCAAAAUAUCAAAUUCUAGAUUGAAGCUAAAAAGUGUUAGCGCAAAAGCGUCAAAGAAGGCAGCGAAGGAUCCUAAUAAGCCAAAGAGGCCUGCAAGCGCUUUCUUUGUUUUCAUGGAGGAAUUUAGGCAGCUUUAUAAGGAGCAGAAUCCUAAUAAUAAAUCUGUAGCUGCUGUUGGUAAGGCUGGUGGAGAUGAGUGGAAAUCUAUGUCAAAUGCUGAGAAAGCUCCUUAUGCAUCAAAAGCUGAGAAGAGAAAGAUUGAAUACAACAAAAAUAUGGCAGCUUACAAUAAAAGAAUGGCUAAUGGGGGAUAUGGUGAUGAAGAAUGUGACAAGCCUAAAUCUGAAGUGAAUGAUGAUGAAAGUGAAGAGGAGGAAGAAUAAUGACAAGGGGAGUACACAAGCAAUGGGUGUAAAAUUUGCUUAUAAGAGUACGAUUGACUUGCCUUUUCAGAUUUAUUUAGGAGAAAAAACAGGGAUUUUCUUGGAGCUCACACAUGGCUGCCUACUUUUUUUUUGUCUUGCGCUUUGUGUCCUUACAUUUGAAGUUUUUGAUUGUUAAUUAUUACUUGUCAAUAAUUAUGAAUUAGUCCUUUCCAUGGAAUGGAUAAAUCAUGCCA